AUGGAGAAGCUGUCCCUGUCCAACAUCGAACACCUCGGCGAUAGUCCUCGCGAUUCAAGCACUGAGAAAGACCUCCACGAUGCAUCCCCACCAGUGUUCACCCCGGAGAUGGAAAAGAAGGUCUUUCGCAAGAUGGAUCUUCGCUUGAUUCCCAUGCUGUCUCUACUGUACCUUCUCGCGUUCCUGGAUCGUGGCAACAUCGGCAAUGCGAAAAUCGAGGGGAUGCUAGAUGAUCUCCACAUGACGGGAUCGCAAUACAACAUGACAUUAACUGUUUUCUUUUUUACCUAUGCCGCCUUCGAACUACCCAGUAACCUGCUAUUGAAGAAGCUGAGACCAUCCCGGUGGCUGCCACUCAUCAUGGUUGCGUGGGGAAUCGUGAUGACAUUGAUGGGUGUGGUACAGAACUAUAGCGGACUGCUUACCGCUCGCCUUUUUCUGGGUCUUACAGAAGCAGGUUUGUAUCCCGGUACAGCAUAUUACAUCACACUAUGGUACCCUCGUUACCGGGCUCAAUACCGACAGGCGAUGUUCUUCAGUGCUGCCAGCAUCGCGGGUGCUUUCUCCGGGAUUCUGGCCUAUGGAAUUGCUAAAAUGGACGGCGUCGGCGGCUACGAAGGAUGGCGCUGGAUCUUCAUUCUGGAAGGCCUCCUCACGGUGAUCGUCGCGGUUAUCGCUCCAUUCGCUAUCUAUGACUCCCCGGAGACUGCCACCUUUCUUACCGAAGAAGAAAAACGGUACGUAAUCCACUCAGUGCGCUAUCAAGCAUCCGCGGGACAUGAUACCGGGGCUCUGGUACAAGAGGAGACCAAAUUCCGUCUUCGGUAUGUUAUCGAUGCUUUGCUGGACUGGCAGAUCUACGUGGCUCUGAUUAUGUACUGGGGCAUCACCUGUCCGUUGUAUGGCAUCUCCUUCUUUCUCCCAACCAUCAUCAAGGAUUUGGGAUAUACGUCGUCCACAGCCCAACUGCUCACCGUUCCCAUCUACGUCACGGCCGCUAUCGUUGCUGUCGCUGCUGCCUGGGUGUCCGACAGACGUCGACAGCGGUCCCCGUUUAUUUUAUUUUUCAUGUUCCUAAUCGCCAUGGGAUUUGUAAUCGUCCUCGCGGCCUCAGGAAAGGGAAUCCCAGGGGUGGUAUAUUUCGGCGUAUUCCUCAUUGCCAUCGGAAUCUAUCCUGCAUUCCCGGGAAAUGUGACCUGGCUCAGCGUUAACCUAGCAGGCGACUACAAACGCGCCGCGGGGAUGGCCAUGCAUAUCGGACUGGGGAAUUUAGCAGGGGCCAUGUCUUCGAACUUCUACCGCCAGCAAGAUGGACCCAAGUACAUUCUCGGCCACGCGCUGGAACUCGGCUUUUGCGGUGUAGGCAUAAUCGCCGUCAUGGUCCUUCGCUUCUCGUAUAAGAUGAUUAAUCGGAAACGCGACCGCAUGGACGUCUCGUGGACCGGUGGCGCAUUCACCUCCAACGCGGUCGUUCCUCGAACAAGUUUCAAAGUCACCAAAGUAAUUCUCAAAGGAACCCCAAAUUCCUACGACGCCAUCGGUGCCAGCGGAAAAGUGAAUAAACAUUUCUUCUGCCCGACCUGCGGAUCGGGGAUCUACACCGAGUUGGAAGUCAUGCCCGAUAUGACCUGCGUCAAGGCGGGGAGCCUGGAUAACGGCGGUGCGCAUCUCGGGGGAAAGGUUGAUAUCGAGUUCUACGUCAAGGAUCGACCGCGGUAUUUAGUGGCUGUGGAGGGUGCAAAGCAAGAGCCGCGGUUUGGAUAG